AUGCUUGACCUGUUUGUGAUGGACAUCUUUGGUGACCUAAGUAACCUGGGUAAAGAAUUGUCAGCUCAGACUGUUCGACAAAAAGUCCCAUGUCGUCAAGAUGGAUGUACCCGUGAAUUUGUUUACAAGAAAUGUAGAAUCAAUCAUGAGAUUAGAUGCCACAACUUGAUCAUUGAGGAAGAGGACAUGCCGGUUACAGAUGAUGUUAGUGAAUAUUCACAGACUAAUGUAUCUGAUGAGGAAACAGAAGAUGAACAUGUACAAGGUGUUGAAAGAAAGGAAGAGGGCAGUGAAAGUGAUGAUGAUGCUAGUGGCGGAAGUGGUAAUGAUGUUAGUGGUGAUAGCAAUGAUGAUAGUGAUGAUGAUGUUAGUGGCGGAAGUGGUGAUGAUGUUAGUGGUGAUAGUAAUGAUGAUAGUGAUGAUGCUAAAGAAUCUGGAGAAGAGAUAGAAAUAGAUGAAGAAGAGGAUAAAAAAGACAAACAAGAUUUAAAAUACAACUAUGCUUGUCUUCAUUUAAGCAUAGGCUUACUUCUUCGAAAUGCUGAUGACUUCUUAGAGUGUGGAAGUUCCUUACAUUUCUAUACAGAUGUGGAGGCAGCACCAAGUAUGCUUUAG